GUAAACAACAAAAGACUUCAUAUUUGAAGGUGUCCUAAAACUGUAUCAAAAGGAUGCCCUUUCAAUCUUGUCUAAAGCCAAAAUUCUUUAUUUUAUUACUCUCAUUAUUAUCUCAUUAUACCUAUAAUUUAAUAUUAUUAUCUAUAUUUUUUAUUAUAUUACACAGAUCAUACAAGUCAUUGCCUCUCCAUUAUGCCAUCAGUUGCAAGUGUGAAGAGAUCAAUGGCAAGCAUAUCGAAUUCGAUAUCGAUAAAGCACGGGCUUUCACUUUGGUGUCCACAAUCUUUGGAUACUCGGGUGAUUCAUUCCAGAAGCUUCCAAAGGAGAAACUUUGUGGUUUCUGCAUCAUCUUCUUUUGCUAAUGAGAACAGAGAGUUUGUGAUAGUUGGAGGAGGAAAUGCAGCAGGAUAUGCUGCGAGGACUUUUGUCCAACACGGAAUGGCUGAUGGAAAGCUUUGUAUUGUUUCCAAGGAGGCAUAUGCCCCAUAUGAGCGCCCUGCUCUGACAAAAGGUUAUUUAUUUCCUAAGGACAAAAAGCCAGCCCGUUUACCGGGUUUUCAUACUUGUGUGGGCUCAGGAGGUGAGAGGCAGACUCCUGACUGGUACAAGGAGAAAGGGAUAGAGAUGCUUUAUGAAGAUCCAGUGACAGCAAUUGAUGCAGAGAAGCAAACAUUGACAACAAGUUCAGGAAAGUUACUCAAGUAUGGAUCCCUCAUUAUUGCCACCGGGUGCACUGCAUCCAGAUUUCCAGAGAAAAUUGGAGGUAACUUAGGUGGUGUUCAUUACAUACGGGAUGUUGCUGAUGCUGAUUCAUUAGUAUCAUCACUGGAGAAAGCACAAAAAGUAGUUGUGGUGGGUGGUGGCUAUAUUGGCAUGGAAGUUGCAGCUGCUGCUGUCGGGUGGAACCUUGAUACUACUGUUAUAUUUCCUGAAAAUCAUCUUCUGCCGAGGCUGUUCACUCCUUCAUUAGCCCAAACAUAUGAAAACCUCUACCAAGAGAAUGGUGUGAAGUUUCUGAAGGGUGCCUCCAUAAAAAGCUUGGAAGCUGGUCCUGAUGGAAAAGUUACCGGUGUUAAACUUGAAAAUGGAUCUAUCAUUGAAGCAGAUUUGGUUGUUAUUGGCAUUGGAGCAAAACCUGCUGUCAGUCCUUUCGAUAAAGCCGUUGGCUUAAACAAAGCUGUUGGCGGGAUAGAGGUUGAUGGCCUGUUUCGAAGCAAUGUACCUGGAAUUUUUGCUGUUGGUGAUGUAGCAGCAUUCCCACUGAAAAUGUACAAUAGGAUUUCACGUGUAGAACACGUAGAUCACGCUCGUGGUUCUGCUCAGCAUUGUGUAAAAGCCUUACUAACUGCAAAAACUUCCAACUAUGACUAUCUCCCGUAUUUCUACUCAAGAGUUUUCGAAUAUGAAGGAAGUUCAAGGAAAGUAUGGUGGCAGUUUUUUGGGGACAAUGUGGGAGAGGCGAUUCAAGUUGGGAAUUUUGAUCCAAAAAUUGCCACUUUUUGGUUGGAUUCGGGCAAAUUGAAGGGUGUUCUUCUUGAAAGCGGAACUCCAGAGGAGUUCCAAUUGCUUCCUAAACUUGCAAGGAGUCAGCCAUCUAUUGACAAAGUCAAACUUCAGAGUGCAACUUCAGUUGAGGAAGCUCUUGAGAUUGCCAAAGCUUCUUUGUAGUCAGCUAAAGACUGCGUGAUAUACAAUUAUACAUGUAGGGAACAAGGAAGAGCCUCACAAAUUUAACUCAAGGACAUACAACAUAUAUGCAGAGAUGCAAUAUGCAUAGCAUCUUCUAGUUCCAUUGUCCAAAAGGGUAUAUGUAAAUUUUCUUUUUAGCCUGUGUUCAAUGAAGAUCAACCACAUCUUAGCCACUUUUAGCCUACCUGUUGGUUGAUGGGCAUCAGAUUGUUGGUGGCAAGUUACGGCUGCUGUAAACGAAUUUUUGUAGUAAGGGCAAUGGAGAUAAUAAAUUAAACCACCUUUCCAUGCAAUAAAACUAUUGAAUAACAUGACUUUGUAAAUA